AUGGGCGACUUGGACGCAAAAAAAUGCAUUGCGACGUACGAUCCCUUCCCAACAUACCCAUACACUGGCAAGCUGCGACCGGUGUAUCCUCUAGCCCCUCAGAACAAAGUACCCUCCGAUAUAGUAGCACCCGAUUAUGCCAAGGAUGGAAUUCCGCGCUCUGAACAGAAAAUAUUUGGUCGGAACAGCAUCAGAAUCCUCACCGAGAAGGAACAGGAAGGGAUGAGAAAAGUGUGCCGCAUGGGAAGAGAGGUGUUGGAUAUCGCAGCACGCGAGAUAAAACCGGGUGUGACAACCGAUCACAUUGACAAGAUAGUCUACCAAGCGUGCAUGGAGCGAAAGGCAUACCCGUCACCUUUGAAUUAUAUGAAUUUUCCCAAGUCAGUGUGUACAUCAGUCAACGAGGUCAUUUGCCAUGGUAUCCCCGAUCAACGACCGCUGGAGGACGGAGACAUUAUCAAUAUCGACAUCUCAAUAUACCAUGGAGGAUUCCAUGCAGAUCUCAAUGAGACGUAUUACGUGGGAGACAAGGCGCUUGCAGACCCAGACACAGUCAGAGUGGUGGAAACAGCCAGGGAGUGUUUAGACAAGUCCAUUGAGAUUGUUAAGCCGGGAAUGCUAUUCCGUGACCCUGGAAACGUCAUUGAAAAGCACGCCAAAAGCCGGGAUUGCAGUGUCGUGAGAACAUACUGCGGGCAUGGUGUAAAUCAGCUGUUCCACACUGCCCCAAGCAUUCCUCACUAUGCAAAGAGCAAGACUGUUGGAUCCGCGAAGCCGGGCAUGUGUUUUACGAUCGAGCCAAUGAUUAACCUGGGGUCGUAUCGGGAUAAAACCUGGCCCGACAACUGGACCAGUGUCACCAUAGAUGGGAGGAAAUCAGCGCAGUUUGAGCAUACCCUUCUGGUUACGCAGACGGGUGUUGAGAUCCUAACAGCAAGGCUGCCCGACUCGCCAGGCGGGCCGGUUCAAAUGCCUUCCAUGGACGGCGAGGCACCCAAAGCAUGA